CAACAGUACCCCGUGAUGAUGGAUCCCGUUACUAAAAUCAAUAUUGUUCAAGCCAUCUCAGCCAUUUUAAUACCGAAUUUUGGCGAAGUUCUGAUUCUAUUAGGAUAUAAGCAAUAUUACAAUGACAAAGAUGUGAUAGUGUUACCAAAGUGGACUAUGUCAAAUGCUGCUUUUACUAUGGCUUGGAUUAGUCUAUAUAGUUUGAUAGGAUAUUCAUCGUUUUUGAUCAUAAAGUAUGGAAAUACUGAACACAAGUUGCACAAAAUAACGAAAAUAUCACUGGUACUCUUUGGAAUGACAGUAGCACUUAGCUGGUCUUGGAGAUUUGUUCUGUUUAUUUCAAAAAACAUUAUUAUGGCAUGGGUACUGGCGAUAAUACUCGAUUUAGUGGCGAUCCUGACCGUGAUAGUAUUCUUCCUAAUCAAGCCGACAGUUUCGUCACUUUUAUUACCUUACAUUAUCUGGUUGAUGUUCAAUACUCUUUUUAAUUUUGCCUUAAUAAGUUUAAAUAAAUAA